AUGCACGGAGCGGAGGAGGAGGAUGAGGAGGUGGCGGCGGCGGCGGCGGCGGCGGGGCCGCGGGUGAGCGCGGCGAGCACGCAGACCGACAGCAUGGCCGGUCAAAUACCAAGGCUUUCUAAGGUCAAUCUCUUUACCUUGUUCAGUCUCUGGAUGGAGCUCUUUCCCUCAGCUGAGAAACAGAAAAAAUCACAGGUAAAGAAGAGUGGUCUUGUUGUUGUGAAAAACAUGAAGAUUGUUGGUCUUCAUUGUUCCAGUGCAGACUUGCAUGCUGGUCAGAUUGCACUCAUUAAACAUGGAUCAAGACUUAAAAACUGUGAUCUUUAUUUUUCCAGAAAACCAUGUUCGACUUGUUUAAAAAUGAUUGUAAAUGCUGGAGUGAACAGAAUUUCUUACUGGCCUGCAGAUCCUGAAAUCAGCUUGCAGAAUGAGGUGUCCAAUCCCAUUACUACUGAUGAUGCAAAGCUAGAUGCCAAAGCAGUGGAAAGAUUGAAGUCAAAUAGUCGUGCUCGUGUGUGCGUCUUACUUCAGCCCUUAGUGUGCUAUAUGGUGCAGUUUGUUGAAGAGACUUCUACCAAAUUGGAUUUCAUUCAAAAAAUAGCAAAAUCUCAGCCUGACUUUAAUACUGACUUUUAUACUGAAUGUAGACAAGAGAAAAUAAAAGAGUAUGAAAGCUUGUUCCUAAUUUCAAAUGAGGAAAUGCACAAGCAAAUAUUGAUGACAAUAGGACUGGAGAAUCUCUGCGAAAAUCCAUACUUCAGCAACCUUAGACAAAAUAUGAAAGAUCUGGUCUUGGUCUUGGCCACAGUGGCUGCCAGUGUUCCUGUCUUUGGAUGUUUUGGGUUUUACUGCCAUGAAUCGCAGCCAACAAAUGAAAUGCAUCAUCAGGGCUUACCUCAAGAAAUUGCAAGGCAUUGUAUGAUUCAAGCCAGACUACUUGCCUAUCGGACAGAGGAUCAUAAAACAGGAGUUGGAGCUAUUAUUUGGGCGGAAGGAAAAUCUAAAAGCUGUGAUGGAACGGGAGCAAUGUAUUUUGUAGGCUGUGGCUACAAUGCCUUUCCUGCUGGAUCUGAAUAUGCUGAUUUUCCACACAUGGAUGAUAAACAAAAAGAUCGGGAAAUCAGAAAGUUCAGAUACAUUAUACAUGCUGAGCAGAACGCCUUGACAUUCAGGUGUCAAGAAAUAAAGCCAGAUGAGAGAAGCAUGAUAUUUGUGACAAAAUGUCCCUGUGAUGAAUGUGUACCCUUAAUCAAAGGGGCUGGUAUCAAGCAAAUUUAUGCAGGAGAUGUUGAUGCUGGAAAAAAGAAAGCAGACAUAUCAUACAUGAAGUUUGAUGAACUUGAAGGUGUAAGCAAAUUUACAUGGCAACUAAAUCCAUUUCACACUAAUGUCCUUGAAUUCCGUGAUCCCACAACCAAAGAAAAUGGGGUCCAGAAAACAAAAUCACUAGAUGACCAGCAGCACCAAAACAAGAAGCUGUGUCUUGGCCACUAUUGAAUAAUUAGCACUCCUGCAAUCUCGCUCUGUACUUUUAUAAUGCAGCUAUUUUGCACUUUCAAGUAGGGAAGGGUUUUAUUUAUUGUUUGGAAAGUGAUUUUUAGAAUAAGUUUAUUUAUGAUGUCUUAAAUGUUUUAUAGAAUUUUUAAUUUAGAAGUUCCUGGGGAAAAAUGCUACCUGUAUUCUCUGAAGAAGGAGCUGGGUGGCUAAUCAUUGUUAACACAUUAAAAAAAUCAGUCUGAAAGUUCACUGCCGAUAGGUCAGAAUAAUAGUAAAAUCGUGUCUGUUCUACUUGUUAUAGGAAUUGAGGGAAUGGAUUUCUAAGCUCUCGGCUAGCAGAAUAAGUACUCAUUCUUCAAGUACAGUGUUCAAGGGAAUCUCUUAAAAAACGGUAGCUAGGUAGUCACUAGUAACUAUUUCUAUUUCCUGAAAGUGGCUUUCACUUCUCAGUUUGUUUAUAUAAUGGAUUCAAAGCCAAUGGGAUAGAAAUGGUUGCUAGAUAAGUGAUCUGUGGAUCAAGCUCCUUUCUCAUACAUGCCUGUUCAACCUACAGAUAGCAGCAGAGCUCUUCCGUUCUGUAAUACUUGCAUUGCUGUCGUGUGCCCUUUGUGCUUCCUCAAGUGCAUCCCAUCUGAAUUAAUCUAGACAGAGAUUAAUUUUACUUUUCUCAGAUUCUGGACUCAGGCUUAAAAGAAUUUGGCUGUUUGCAUCUUGCUGGCCCCUACAUACUACAGGAAAGAAUGCUUGGUGCUUAGCUUUUGUUCAGCUUCAUUAACAGGCUUCUCGGAUUACAGAAGCUAAUAAAGUGCUAGAUGUCCUGUUGUGCCUUAAAUAGGGUGAUAUGUACCACUAGAGUGGCCCGUACCUUUUUAGGUGCGAAUUCUUUGAGUAAUUACACGCGGAGCCUGGAUGGAGUGUUCAGAAGAAACGAACUGCAACUUCAAGCUUAUGUUGUUGCUAGUUUUGAGGGGAUAGAAACCAGCUAACCACAAUGCAAGGUCAUAUCUCAUCUUGAGAGAUCAGUCUCCCUGUUUGCUGCUUAGAAUAUGAGCUCUAGGUGUUUGUUUUAGCAGUUAUUCCAAGACUUUCUGUGCUCUUCUGCAGAGCUCUCAAGUGCAAACACCUUAAACUUUUUUUUUUCUGCUGCUGGUGGGGAAUGUAAAUAGCCUCUUCCCAACUCUUUCAUGCAUCUUGUCUUCUUUUGUCACCCUUCCCAAAGUCCUAGAGGGGGGAAUUGGGCUCCAGGUUGCUGCUCUGCAGGUUCUGUUGGUUCCUUCUAGGCUUUGGAAACAUUUCAAACCAGAUAGCAAAGCUGUGGUUAGACAGUGUGUAAAGGAGCUUUAAUGUGGCAUUAAUUACAUGAAGUCUGUUCUUACUCGGUUUAGCAACUGGUCAUGCAAUUUAAGAUACAGUCCUGGAUGCUGAUAACUGCGUCAAGGAACUGUGAUUCCUCAUGGCUCAGAGUAUGUUUGUUCUUACGUACCUGGACAUCAGAGCUGGAGAAUGCUUAUGUGCUCUUACUGCCAUGCUGUCCGCACAAGUGCUUACUCUCCCUGGAGCUCAAGAAGCUACUGUUUCUCUCAGCAUAGUUAAAUUGAAGACUAUUCUAGAGCUGCCAUAUAAAUGUGGUGCAUGCAGAGGUAGCAGCAGCAAUCUCAUCAGGCAAUAGCCUGACCUCCUGCACUGCUGCUGUCUUGAUAAGCAGGAUGCACACAGCUUCAUUUCACAGGACUUCAGGACCAGUGUGAGCAAAGGAGAAAUACGUGACUCUCCAAGGGAAGGAUGCUGAAAUCUGUUUUUGUGGCACACCUCAAAAGGCUGUUUUUGUACAGUAGCUCAUAAACAAAUAACUGAACUGCCACUGCACGAGGUCUUGUGAUCUGGAGCAGAGGAAGAAAUGUCCUGAACUUGCAGCUGGAUCUGCAGCAGCAAGAGCUCUGUGCCUCGCCUGCUGGGUUCAGAGCCCCGCACAGAUCCAGGUGCAGGCUUGGGGGUUAUUGCUCUGGUUGCUGUGCAAAACUCAGAUAAGAUUUCUUCCCUUAUCGAGAGUUGCACUAUUUGCUUGCGGCUUCCAGACCUGAUUAAAGUCAUUUAUUGUUUCUACACCAUGUUUCGUAAGCAGGAUUGUUUUAAUAACCUGUUUUUAAUUCAUAGAUUAAUUUAUUGGGGCGUAUUUUCUCCCCCACUACUCUUAAACAUCUUGUGUUGGAAUAACUACUCUUGACUUUUUCUACAGAUAGAAAAAAACACUGUCUGUUAGCCCCAAAAGUCCAAAAAACUGCCCAAAUCUACUUGUUUCCAUAAUCUAUAGGCAACAUUUUUAUACUUGAGGUAAAAGCAGGGGAGAACAGAAGUGCAGGUUUAAGGCUCUUCAAGUUUUGUAAUCAGUCAGCUGGUGUCAAAAUAGGUAAAGAAGUCUAUAGGAACAACAUCUGUCUUAUAGGCACUUACAGGAAACUGAAAAGUCCAUAAAAAGUCAAAGAUGGCCUGAAAAGGUAAAGAAAGAUACAUAGUAAAUAUAACACACAUUAAAUAAAUACACUGGCAGGUUUUUUUUAAAUAAAAUUUAAUUUUGAAGAUCUAUGUGAAUGUUGCUGAUAAUCUUCAUGAGGAAUUGUUUUAAAAUGUAAGCCUUUCCUUUUUAUUAGCUUUUAAGAGCAGGUUUUUGUACAAAUUUUACAGUGAAAUUUGGAGUUGCAUCUAAGGCUGAAAGGUUUGGAAGUCCCUUUUCUGUCACGCCAUGUUUCUACAGAUUCAUCUAAAGACUCAUGAAUUUCUGUAGGCUCCAGUUAUCAGUGUAACUGCACUUUUGCUUCUUUCUGGGAUUAGAGAGUAGGUGCUUUGUCUUGGCCCAUAGGAACAGCGUGAAUGCGGUUUCUCUCCCAGCUCACAGACCGUGCAAGCGCUGCUAUGUACAUCAGCUACAUGCCCAGGAGAGCCACAGAAGAUGGCGAUCUCCUGCAGUGCUUGUUUUGCAAGUGUACUUUAGGAUGUUUGUUUCUUAUGUAAAAAGAGAAAUAUAUUUAAAACUAAGAAAUGUAAAGGUAUAUAUUUUAUUUAUAUAUAUGUGUGUAUGUGUGUAUGUGUGCAACAUUCCCAUAGGUGUUUUGAAUCUUCUACAUUCAUGCCAAAACAGUUGUUUUAAUUGCAGGUAUUAGCUACCAGUAAUUAUUUGGCCUCUUGACUGCAAAUUACAGAAAUUCUGUUAAUCGUCUGCCUUACAGCAAAACAUGUUUUCUGCUAAUAAAUUAAACCGACAGUAA